GGGGGCUGGCGGCAGCGGCGGAUGGACUCGCGGGUAUCGGAGCUGUUCGGGGGCUGCUGUCGGCCCGGAGGAGGCCCGGCGAUGGGCGGAACCCUCAAGGCUAGGGGGGCCGGCGGCAGUAGCAGCUGCGGGGGCCCGAAGGGGAAGAAGAAGAACGGAAGGAACAGAGGGGGCAAAGCCAACAACCCCCCGUACCUGCCCCCUGAGGCUGAAGAUGGAAACAUCGAAUAUAAACUGAAGCUGGUGAAUCCAUCCCAGUACCGCUUUGAGCACCUGGUGACACAGAUGAAGUGGCGGCUCCAGGAAGGCCGCGGGGAGGCCGUCUACCAGAUUGGGGUGGAGGACAACGGGCUGCUGGUGGGGCUGGCCGAAGAGGAGAUGCGGGCCUCCCUCAAGACCCUGCACCGGAUGGCGGAGAAGGUCGGGGCCGACAUCACUGUUCUCCGGGAGCGAGAAGUGGAUUAUGAUAGUGACAUGCCCCGGAAGAUCACUGAGGUGCUGGUACGAAAGGUCCCUGACAACCAACAGUUCCUGGACCUUCGUGUGGCCGUCCUGGGGAAUGUGGACUCAGGGAAGUCGACUCUGCUUGGAGUGCUGACCCAGGGAGAGCUGGACAAUGGGCGGGGCCGGGCUCGGCUCAACCUUUUCCGCCACCUGCACGAGAUUCAGUCCGGCCGAACCUCCAGCAUCAGCUUCGAGAUCCUGGGCUUUAACAGCAAGGGAGAGGUGGUGAAUUACAGUGACUCACGGACGGCAGAAGAGAUCUGCGAGAGCAGCUCCAAGAUGAUCACCUUCAUCGACCUGGCAGGCCACCACAAGUACCUGCACACCACCAUCUUUGGCCUCACCUCUUACUGCCCUGACUGUGCCCUGCUCCUCGUCAGUGCUAACACUGGGAUUGCUGGCACCACAAGGGAGCAUCUGGGGCUGGCCCUGGCCCUGAAAGUGCCCUUCUUCGUCGUGGUCAGCAAGGUGGACCUGUGUGCCAAGACCACAGUAGAGAGGACGGUACGCCAGCUUGAGCGGGUUCUCAAGCAGCCUGGCUGCCACAAGGUCCCCAUGCUGGUCACCUCUGAGGAUGAUGCCGUCACUGCUGCCCAGCAGUUUGCCCAGUCACCCAAUGUCACCCCCAUCUUCACACUGUCCAGCGUGUCUGGAGAGAGCCUGGACCUGCUCAAAGUCUUUCUGAAUAUCCUGCCUCCGCUCACCAACAGCAAGGAGCAGGAGGAACUCAUGCAGCAGCUGACGGAGUUCCAGGUGGAUGAAAUCUAUACAGUACCCGAGGUGGGGACCGUUGUUGGAGGGACACUUUCCAGUGGGAUUUGCCGUGAGGGCGACCAGCUGGUGGUGGGCCCCACGGAUGAUGGCUGCUUCCUGGAGCUGAGAGUAUGCAGCAUCCAGCGCAACCGCUCCGCCUGUCGUGUGCUGCGAGCUGGUCAGGCUGCUACACUGGCCCUCGGGGACUUUGACCGUGCGCUCCUUCGCAAGGGCAUGGUGAUGGUGAGCCCCGAGAUGAAUCCCACCAUCUGCUCGGUGUUCGAGGCAGAGAUCGUCCUACUGUUCCAUGCCACCACAUUCCGGCGAGGCUUCCAGGUGACAGUACACGUAGGCAACGUCCGCCAGACGGCAGUGGUGGAAAAGAUCCAUGCUAAGGACAAGCUGCGAACAGGGGAGAAGGCAGUGGUACGUUUCCGCUUCCUGAAACACCCUGAGUACCUGAAGGUGGGCGCCAAGCUGCUGUUCCGGGAGGGUGUCACCAAGGGCAUCGGCCACGUCACCGAUGUGCAAGCCAUUGCAGCAGGAGAGGCCCAGGCCAACGUGGGCUUCUGAACUCCAGGCAGGCACAGCUCGAUUGCGGUCCCUACAAUAUAUAAGGUGACUCUGGCCAUGCUGCCCCCCAUUGGCAGCUCUGUGUGUUAAUAGGCUAGGGAGAGAGGGGUGCUCUCUGCCACUUGCUCUCUGCCACCAUUCUGGCAAGGUGCCAAGCUUGGUAUGGCCAGGGAAGGGCAGUCCUGAGGGAGAAGACAGGAGAAUUCAGGGCAGUGCCCAGCAGCUGUGUCCACCUGGUCGGCUUGUCAAUCCUGGCAACCCCACAGCCUGUCUGCUAGAGAGAGCUGACCGCCGCCACCUUGGCCCCACUGUCAGGACGGGGCAUGAUUCACCGGUGUGGUCCCUGCACUUCAGGAAUUGUCACAACAACUGGGGGUGGCCCUCAAAGGCACUCCUUUUUCUAUACCUCUUUUCAAGACCAUGUAAGUCGGCCAUCUCUACCUGACUGUGGACAAAAGACACCUGCUCCUGGCCAUCUGGUGGUCCAGGGUCUGAAGAAAUGGCACAGGGACAGUGAAUGGCAGUGCUCGCAUCCCGUGCUGAGACAUGAAGCCUAUUCCUCAGCUUUAUUUCUCUUCCCUUCACUCAAGGGCCAUGUCCCGUUUCUCCUCUCAGAGGCCCCACAGGUGCUAUUUGUUGUGCUGGCCCAGGCGUGGGGCCGCCGAGCUGAGGCUUGGCACACCAAAGGUCAGCUGCAUGUCAAUCAGUUUUGUCCCCUCCUCUGCAGUGAUCUGUUGGUUUUCAUGCUGAAUCAAACAGUAUGUUUUACUUUCCCAGACUGACCGAGUCCCCAUUCCUGCCACCCCCACCCCGCUUCCUGCUCCUGCAUAAGUCUUCUCUUGUUUUAGUGAUUUGCAGUGACACCUUUCCCUCUGUUGCUGGGAACCUGGAGGAAAGGGAAGGAUGUUGCCUUUAGGGUAUGGACUCCAUCCUUUCCCUUCGUUAGUGUCCUGGGUUCCCAUGGACUCAGGGAUUUGUUGGUUGAGGUUUCUCUGUAUAUAUUUUAUAUAUAUAUAUA